CCUCUUCCUCCUCCUCCUCUUCCUCCUCCUCUUCCUCCUCCUCCUCUUCUUCAUCCUCCUCUUCGGCCCCUCCUCCUACCAAAAAGCCCAAACUCUCCCCCGUCAUUUCGACCACCGUGACCAUCACCGAAACGCCUGAUCUCGGCGAACCAACAGCAUCCUCUACCCCACAACCGAAACCGAAGAAGAUCACAUUCAAGAAAGGUCCCAAUCAGCGAUUUGAGCGGAUCAAGACUGAAAGCGUGACGUUUCACCAUGAUGGCCUGAAAGACAACUCAUUCGAAGCGAGGAUACGUGCUGGGGCGAGUGAGAAUGAUUAUGGAGCCAGAGCGAGUAGAGAUCUAAUCGUCACCCGAGGAGCGGGCUUUAGGAAGGAGAAGAACAAGAAAAAGCGAGGUAGUUACGCAGGUGGAGAGAUUACCCUCGAAACUCACAGCAUAAAAUUCCAGGAUUGAAGUCUCAAGAGCCCACAGCUUCCUUCGAUCUCCCAUAUCCCACAGUUCCUUUGACUCCGGCAUAAAUGCAUAUAGUCCACCAAGUUGAGAGUGCGUCGGAGGUGAAAAUACAUAUCAGCCAUCACUUGUAGAUAUGCAUAUGAUGUCUAGUUC